AUGGCGCGUACGGUCGGAUCGACAUCAUGCACGGCGGGGGAGGGGGAGGCCGUCGGCCGGGAGCGAGGGGCCGGAGCGACGGAGAAGGACUCGUUGGCGGGGAUGAAGGUGCUGCUGGUGGAGGACAACCUGAUCAACCAGAAGGUGGGCAAACGCAUGCUCCACACUCUCGACUGCCACGUCACGGUGGCCAACAACGGAGAGGAGUGCCUGAAGACACUGAGGCAGGAGGAGGGCGGAGAGAAGGCGGGCCUGAUGGAUGGGUUCGAGGCUACCCAACGCAUCCGCGCCAUGGCAGCUGACGCCCAGCCGCUGGGCUCGCCACCACGUGGCACGCGGUAUCGUGGCUCUCACCGCCUCCGCGACCAAGCGGGGAUGUCGGACGUGUUGUUCAAGCCGGUCCGUCGCGAGGCCCUGGCGGCGGCGGCCCUUCGCAAAUGGGGCACGACCGUCGCGGUGUCGGCGCCUCGCCCGCAACCCUGA